AUGUAUGAUAGGUUCCUUGAGAAAAUAAGUAUCAUUUCUCUUAAUUUAUUAUCAAAAAUUAAUUUAAAAAAUUCAUAUAAUGAUGAAAAUUUAAAUGUAAUAAAACGUGAUAAAACAUUUAAUACAUUACCCUUAUUGCUACGAAUUGAAUAUGACGAAAUAAAUAAGAAUGGGGACUAUAAUAAGAGAAAAAUGAGAAAUCCUAUUUUUAUAAGUUAUUAUAAGAAAAAAAAUGUGUUUAUUCAUUUAUUAAACCAAGAAAAAUAUAUACCUAAAUUUGAACUGUUAAUUAAUGAUAUAAUAAAAACAUAUAGAGAUAGAGAAUUUUUAAGUGAUUUUUCUUUAAAUUUUCUUUAUGAAGUUGUUAAAAGCAAAAACAGUUUUAAUCUUUUAAGUAAUAAUGAUGUACAUGGCUUAUUAUUAAUACUUGGUCAAGAAUUUCUGAAAUGUAAUACUGAUACAUUAGAUAAGCAGGUUAUAAAAGAACAAAAGGAUAAUUUAUACAAUAACUAUAAUAUAUUUUUACAUGAUGAAAAUAAUGACUAUAAUGAAAAUGAAGAAGAAAACUAUAAAAGAAAAUUAGAAAAAUUAAAUUUACUUCUUAAUGAAAGAAAUAUGAAAAUAUUAAAAAUAAGUUGUUUUUUAUUAAGAUAUAUAUCUAUAGAUAAUAGACAAAGUAAAAUGGUAGAUGAUACUUUUAUGUUUUUUUUUUUAAUGAAAUUAAAUUUUGUUAUGAAUAUGAAGAAAGAUAUACAAAGGAAACAUAUCGAAAAAAAUUUUAAUUUUAAUUUUUAUUUUUAUAUUUUAUUAUUAUAUUAUUAUAUAUAUAUUUAUAAUACUACAAGAAAAAUUAAAAUAUUUGAUCAUGGAUUAAUACAUCAUUAUGAAUAUAAAUCAUUGAAUGAAUUUAAUAUAAUAUAUAAAAAUUAUGAAAAUUUAAAAAAAAAUCAAUUUUUUAAUUUAAAUAGAUAUGGAAUAUAUAAUUGCAAAGAUGAAGAAUUAGAAUAUUAUAAUAUUCUAAAUUAUAAUAAUAAUUAUAAUAUUCAAUAUAAUAAUAAUAAUAAUAAUAAUAGAAAUAUGUUUUAUCAAUAUAAUUAUGUUAAUGAUAAAAAAUGUAUUUUUUUUUUAAAAAGAAAUUAUUUUAUCAAUUCUAAAUUUUUAAAAAAUAAUUUUCCAAUCUAUUUCCAAUUUAAUGAUUUAUCAAAUAUAAAUUUUUUAACAAGUUAUAACAAUUUUAAAAUUUUAAGAAAGAAAUUUUAUGAAAAUACUUAUAAAUAUAAAUCAGAUAUUAUAAAUGAAUCAUUGAAAAGUUAUGUUUUAUUUACAUUAAAUUUAUUGUUUAAAUUAAAUAAUGUUGAUAAAACUAAUGAAGAUAUCUUAAUAAGCAAUGUUAAAAAAGUAGAUAAGCAAAAUAGCAAAAAUAAUCUAACAUUAAUAAACAGCUUUUUAUCAGCAGCUUCUAUUGGAAAACGUUGGAUGUUAAUGUUCUGGUUUAUUCCUUUUUUUAAAAAAAAGGAAAAUAAAACAAACAAUAAUCGAAACGAUAAUAAUAACCACAACAUAAAUAAUAGUAAUUCUGUUGAAAGGGUUGGUAAGGUAUCUAAAAAUAUUUUAUUAAAAAAUUUAAACGAAAAGAAGAAAAACUGUAAAAAUAAAAUUAUGUUAUGUGAACUUAUUUAUCAAUCCUUAGAUUAUAUUACAUUAAAUGAACAAGUUCAAUAUAAUAAUAAGGGCUAUAAUAUUAUUGAGAGCUGCUUAACUGAAAUUAUUAAUCAUAUUGAAAGAAAAUAUAAAUUAAAAUAUGUAAGUAGUACUAAAGAUAGCAAUAUCAUUUUAGAUAAUGAAAAUAAGAAAAGAAAUAAAAAUGAAAAGAAUACUUCUGAAAAUGAUGAAAAUAUUUUGUUUAAUAUUAUUAAUAUAGAUAAUAAAUUAAAAAAUCCAAAGAAUAUUUUAAAUGUUGAACAUUUGUUAAAAAAAUUAAAUGAACUAUUAAAGCUAACACAAAAUUCUUCGGUUUAUGUUAACACAGGAUUACAUAUUAUAUUAAGAAAUAUGUUUAUAAAUAGAUUAAAUUCUUUAAAUCUAGAUUUAUUAUUUCUAAUUAAUAUGUAUUCAAAUAAUAAUUAUAAAAAGAAAUUUUUUCAUUAUGAUCAAAGAUAUAUAAUAUCAAAUAAUGAUUCCGAAAAAAAUGAAUUUAAAAAUAAUAAAGAAAGGGAUUUAAAAGAAUUAAAUAAAAAACAAAAAGACUUACACAAUGAUUUUUUGUCUAAUGAUAUAAAUACAAAUGAAAAUAAUAUGAAACAAUAUGAUAAUGAAAAUAUAACAGCAUCGGAUAAUAAUAAUAAUAAUAACAAUAAUAAUAACAAUAAUAACAAUAUUAAUGGUAUUAAAACAUUAGACAUUUCUUCUUUAAAUGUAUCACCAAAUAACAAAACAGAAGAAGAUCAUUUUAAUUUAGAAGUUACCAAAAAAACACAAGGAAUUCGUAAGAGAUUAAAUGAUAAUAUAUAUAAUGAACUAAGUAUUAUAUUAAGAAUAUAUGCAAAUUGUUUAACAUCAAAAGAUAUUUGUUUUGAUUCCUUUUCAUUAUUAUAUUGUAUGUAUAAAAAUAUUCUUCAAAAUAUUUUAAGAAUAUCAUUUAAUUUUACAUAUUUUUUUAGUGCAGAAUUCUUUUUUUUUAAUGAUAACAUGAAUUUAAAUUCUUUAGUUAAUAUAAAAAACCAAUUACUUCCAAGUUGCUUAUUAUUCGAUAGUAUACGUGCCUUAACCAAUAUUAAAUCACACUAUGCAUAUUAUACACAUAUAAUGAAACAAAGGAAAAAACUAGAAAAAAAAUUAGAAAAAGAUAAAAAUAAAAAAUUGCUAUUGAGUACAUUAAAUAUAAAAGAGAUAAAAAGAACAAACAAAGAAAAUAAAAUAGUUACUUCUGCAAAGGAAUAUGAUAAAAAACCAUAUCAUAAAUAUGAGAGAUUUUUAGAAAAGGUAGAUAAAAUGAUAAAAGAGGAAAUUUGUUAUAAAGAAAUAAAAUAUCAUAAUAUACCAUAUAAUCAAAGUAUCAUGAAUAUAAAUAAUAUAUUGAAAUAUAUAUAUGCUAAUAACUAUUAUAAUAAUUAUUAUAAUAAUAAUUACCAUAAAUAUUUUAAAAAUAUAAAAAGAAAAAUAAAAAAUAAAAUAUUAUUAGAUGAAAAUAUAUAUAUGAUUAGUAAAUAUAAUCAACAAUUUUAUCAACUGAAUGAUCGUUUCUUACCUAUCUAUAGUUAUUCUAAGAAAUAUAAUAUAUAUAGGAAUAAACUCUUAAAAAAAUAUCAUAAAAAGAAUAUAUGUAUAAACAAUAAUACAUUGGAACAGGUGAAUCAUAUAGGAUUGCAGGGAAGUGAUAAAAAACUAGUUGAUAAUUAUAGUAUGACUAGUCAGAAUAAUUUAAAAAAUAAUACUAAUGAAAAAUUAAACAAAAAAAUCAAAAGUCGUGAAAUGAAAAAAAGGAAAAUAAUGAACAAAAAAAUAAAAAAGAGGAAAGAACUGGAUUUGAUAUUUAUACAUGGGUUAAGAGGUAAUGCACUUCGUACAUGGCGUUUUUCUAAUUUAUAUCAUAAUGGAUCUGAUCAUUUUUUUUAUUAUAAAAAUAAAAAUUUACAGAAAUUUACAAAAAAGGAUUCUGAUCUUUUGAAAUAUAAUACUAAUAAAAAGAUUGUAAACAAUAAUAACAACAACAAUAAUAACAAAAAUAAUAACAAUAAUAAUAACCAUAACAACAGUGAAAAAAAUGGUGACCAUAACAAUAAUAAUAAUAAUAGGGACAACAAUAACAACUGUAACAACAAUAAUAAUAUGAAUAACAUAUUUAAUAAUAAUAAGUGGAAUUUUCUUGAAAUGACAAAUUUGAAUAAUAAAUUUUUUACAAAUGAAAAAAAUAAUGUUCUCAAGGAAAAUAAUAAAGAUUUGUCGAAUAAUACUAAUACAAUUAAUGUAAAAUUUAAUAGUAUGGAAAAAUUAGAAGAAAAGGAUAAUGUUAUUAUAUAUGACGAUUUUAGAAAAAAAGUUAGACGAUUAAUGAAAAUAAAAAAUAACUUUCAAUUUAUUUUUAAUAACCAUUUAAUAAAUAUAUUAAUGUUAAAUUAUAAACAUAAUCAAAAUAUCUUACCAAUGUAUACUGAGACAAAAGUAAUUAAUAAGAAUUUAUUCAAAUCUUUAUUUUUACAAAAUAAAAAAUUGAAACAUGAUUUAGAUAUUUAUAGUGAUGAAUUAUCAUAUCUUAUAUGGCCUUUUUAUUUAUUAUAUCCAAAUAAAAGAAAUUCAAAUAUUUAUGUUUUUAAUUAUCAUUCCCCAUUAUAUCCAGAUGGUAAUUUUUACACAAAAGUAUACUAUAAAAAUGAUAAUAAAAAUAACACAAAAUUGUAUACAAAGCAUAAUGACAGAAGAAACAAAAAUAAAAAAGUAGAACAUAUAAAGAAACAAGACGAUAUAUCAUUAAAAAAUAAUUCUAUUACUAAUGUUGAUGUAGAAAAAGAAAAAAAUGCAGAUAAUAUGUAUAAUUAUUAUAUGAACGUUGUAAACUCAUUUUUUAAUACAAAAAAGGAUGAUAAUAAUAAUAUGCUUGAAUAUAAUGCACAUAAAGAAAAAUACUUUUAUACAGAUAGAAUGAAUUUUGAUGAAAUGUCUAGUUUCUUAUUAAAAAAAUUAAAAAAUACGAAUAUUGGAAAAAAAAAUGAUAUAAUAUUUGUAGCUCAUUCUAUGGGAGGAUUAUUAACACAAUAUAUUCUCUUAAAAAAUGAUCAUUUUUUAAAUAAAACAAAAUGUAUUUUUUUUUAUGCUACUCCGCAUUUUGGUUCACCUUUAUCAUCAAGUGCUUACUUAUUAAAACCAUUUCUAUCGCCCUAUGUGUAUCAGUUAAACGAUUACGAUUCUACAUUAAAUUAUUUACAACAAUCUUUUAAAGAACGAAUUAAAAAUAAAGAUUUAAUUAUAUACUCUUUUUCUGAGUCGGAGAAAUCUCCUUUACCAUUUAUAGGAGUACACACAAUGAUAGUUCCGUGCACCUCAGCAUAUUUAUAUUAUUCUAAAAUUUUUACCAUUAUUAGAUAUUGUAAUCAUUUGGAAAUAAGUAAAUUAAACAGUGAAGAAGAUGUAAAAUUUUAUUAUUUGAAUAAAGUAAUAAAGGAGUUUUCAAAGAUAAAGUAA